GUUGAUUUACCACCACCCGCACGAAGACUUGUGCUCUUUGUUGGUGAUGGUUUAAGAGCGGAUAAAUUAUAUCAAUUAUAUCAAGAUGAGAACAACAGUAGUCUAUAUACAAGAGCUCCUUUUUUAAGGGAUAUAGUGCUUAAUCAUGGAACAUGGGGGGUUUCUCAUACGAGGGUACCUACAGAAUCAAGACCAGGUCAUGUUGCAAUAAUUGCAGGAUUUUAUGAAGAUGUUAGUGCCGUUACGAAAGGUUGGAAAAUGAAUCCUGUAGAGUUUGAUUCUGUAUUUAAUCAAAGUAGACAUACAUGGUCAUUUGGUUCACCGGAUAUAUUGCCUAUGUUUGCUGAAGGUGCCUCAGAUCCAGAAAGAGUUGACACUUUUAUGUAUGGACAUGAAAGCGAAAACUUUGCCGAAGAGUAUUUGGAUAAUAUUAAAGUUGUUGAUGAUGGAAUUUACAAAACUAUACAAUUACUUGAUGAAUUUUACGGAAACGAUAUGAAAACUGCUUAUAUUUUUACUUCUGAUCAUGGAAUGAGCAAUAGAGGUAACCACGGUGAUGGACAUCCGGAUAAUACACGUACUCCAAUAGUGGCUUGGGGUGCGGGUAUUAAUAAACCCAACAAGGAUCAUCCGACUGGUCAUGAUGAAUUUUCAAUGGAUUGGCAACUUAAUAGUGUUCGACGUAAUGAUAUACUUCAAGCUGAUAUUGCACCUUUAAUGGCUUCUUUAAUUGGGAUCAAUUAUCCUGUAAAUUCUGUUGGUGAAUUACCUUUGAAAUAUCUUAAUAACACUCUAUUGUUCAAAGUUCAGAGUGCUUUUGUAAAUGCUAAAGAAAUUUUGGAGCAAUACCAAGUUAAAUACGAAUCAAAAAAACGUACAAAACUAAUGUUCAAAUCAUUUGCUCCUCUGAGCAAUUCUACACAUUCUCCUGAUGUUUUUAUAAACGAUAUUCAGCGCCUUAUCGAUGCCGAAAAAUAUGCAGAAGCAGAAACUUUGUGUAGAAUAUUAAUUAGCCUGUGUUUGGAAGGAUUGAGAUAUUUCCAAACAUAUGAUUGGUUCAUGCUAAGGUCUAUAGUUACGGUUGGAUAUGUUGGAUGGAUUGCAUAUAGCUUGAAAUUUACGCUCAAAGAAUAUGCGUUUAAUGACAGCACACAAUCCAUUGUAGCAAGCAAUGAUCCAUAUACAGCAUUAUGCCCAUGGUUUAUUUCAUCAAAAAUACGGAAUGGGAAUUCAAUAUGGUUUUUCGCAUGGACAAUUUCAUGCCUAUUUACUAGUAUUUUCACAUUGUUACCAGUAGAAAAAGGAGAGGACAUUACAUUAGUGGUUCUUGGUGGAUUAUUGAUCGUUAUUACAGGAUGCAUUGCUCUGUGGAAAAGCUCUAAAUUUACGAUUAGAUCACAUACCAGUGUAAGAAAUAUGAUUGGAUUUCAGGUUGGAUUGGUUGUGUUAAGUAUAAUAGUUGUAUAUGAUACUACCAGUAAAUUAAAAGAUAAAGCUGGACUACCUUUCUUAAAUCAAAUUAUUGCGUGGAUAAUUUUAGUUAUUUCAACUGCAACGCCAUUUGUUUAUGGACUUGGAAAACAACAUUAUUUUCAACGUUUGACCACUAUAUCACUUUCAUUUGCUCCAUUAUUCGUAAUACUGAGUAUUUCUUAUGAAGUAUUGUUCUACUAUUUCUUAACAAUAACGUUGAUGAUAUGGCAUCAAAUCGAAUAUUUAUUAUUUAUUACUUCACAUCCUACGCUAACUUUAUCCCACAAAGGGCAAACUCGUAAAUUAGAGAUUGAAGAUAUUCGAAUAGCUCUAGUAUUUUUGUUUUUCAUUAAGGUAGCAUUUUUUGGUACAGGAAAUAUUGCAAGUUUAAGUAGUUUUUCUUUGCAAAGUGUAUAUAGAUUAACCACUGUCUUUAACCCAUUUUUAAUGGUUCUUUCAACGUCAGAUAUUAUGACAUUGAACUUUUUUUACUUGGUUAGAGAUUAUGGAAGUUGGUUGGAAAUUGGAACUACUAUAAGUCACUUUGUCAUUAGUUCACUCUUUUCAUUAUUUAUGAUAUUAUUGUUUUUAUUGAGUGAAUUAUUUGUUGGUGAGGUGAUUGUUGAUUUUAGAAAGAUUACAGAUGAAAGAGAUGAAAAGAAGAUAAAAUAA